AUGGCGAUGUCGACUCUGCCUGGUCAUGAUCAUACGUCUAGUUCCACUCCCUCUUUAGAUGGCAAAGGGGGUAUGGAUUCAGCUGCGAAAGUAGCAAAGUCAACGAAAAAGAUGGGUCCUAGCUAUGUAUAUUACCGGCUGUACACCAAACUCGGCACAUUUGAAUCAAAUAACCCUCUUUACUCCAACGACCGUUUCAUUGGCCGCAUUCCGUUGAGAUCUUUUGCCCCUCCUCAUACCGUCGCGUCUAUCAAGCUGUCCCUGUGCGGACUUGAGGACCUUUCGGAGCCCGACAAGGCGCUUCUCUUCACACCGCUCUCAAGCCCAGCACCCAAAGAAGACUCUGUCCGCCUCUCUUUGUACGCUCCUUCUGGGCCUGACCUGUCCGAACACGAUCCGAUCGCGUUGGUUGUCGAGUCGGAGAAGAGGACCGAGGAGGUCUCGCAAUCAGAGAAACUGCCGGAACGCUCUGAUGAUACCGAUAUCCAAUACGGCAAGUCAUGUCGAUGUCUCUUACGCAGUGCACUUAUCAGCUUUACAGUACACUAUCGCGUUUACCUUUCAGGGGGAAAAGGAGAUAAAAAGGCAAAGACGUCCUUUGACGAAAGCGAUAUUUCGUUAGGACGCAUCAACACCCUCUUCAUCGCUCCCCCUCACACCGCUGGGUCUUUGAAAGCAUGCAGCGCGAAACUUGAAGGCCUCGUAACGCCGGGUCAUGCACGCUACGAAGACAUGGAACUCUUCCAAGACAUGAAUAGUGACGCUGCCAUGAGCGGCACCGAUGUCAUGACCUUCGAAGGUGACGCUUACCCGGGUAGUGAUGAAGGCGAUCCCGUAGCCCUUAUCAAUGCAACUGCCAAUACAGCAACGGAUCAAAAGGUUAAGCCUAUACCAGGUAACGUUCUCAAUGGACCAGAUUUAAAAGGCGCUCGAAUAAAUUACACUUGGACAGCAGACAAUGCAAACAAGUCCACCUGGCUAUCCAUAAUCAAAGAUGAGAUUGUUCACACGGAUGGAGUUAUCGUCUCCGUGAUGUGCCGGGCUACCAACAGUAUUUCUUUACUUUUCUGCUUUGUCACAAACUAUUCACGCUUUGUCGGAACAGUAUACUAUCCAGCAUACAUGAUGAUUAAUUCCAAGGGUGAAAAAGGCUUUGUGUAUAAGGAUCGUAUUGAUUUUCUCUGA